AUGCCACCCCCAUCUAUCGCCAACAUCCCAUUGAGCUCUCCAGUGACCAAUCCAGCUAACUUCGAGGCUCCUCCGCCAUAUGCGCCCAAGAUGCCUCGAUUCAUAACUCGUGAGGAGCGACUCGAGUUCGAGCAGAAGCAAAUGGCAGAGCGAGUCUUCGGCGGCCCCCUCGCCACCCCCAAGAGUCAAGACCAAGAUCUCAUUCACUGGUCCUGUUGGGUUUGGGGCAUGGCGGGCUCUGCCUUCGAUGGCAUGACGAUUAGCAUGCAGUUAUCUUUCCCCAGCAGUAAGUGUCCACGACGAGUGACUUAUGAGUCUCUCAUUGACGGCAGUCUGCAGACUAUCCCUAUGUGCCGCCCAUCUGCGUCGUCUACGCCCCCCCUCCCCCACCCUCAUAUUGAUGAUAUGAACAGACUGUGGUCUCGCGUCCUGAGUGGUCCUUACUGGAACCCUGAGAUGACUGUGGAUAUGGUGCUUCAGCACGUGAGACUCGUUCUUCAGCACAGGUGUCCUCACAACUCGUCGUGUGCUCUGUGA